AUGCGCUAACAAUAACAAUUACCAAGGUUGUCAGAAGAUGAAUAAUUUCCUGGUCGUUUACAUACACAAUCUAGAAAACUCAAGUUUGGAAGUACAUUAUUGAAUCAUAAAUGAAUUUUAGCAACUGAAAACUUUAACAAGAAAUCAAAAAAACAAAGUCCCAUGGCUGAGUCUUAAUUCAUUAAAUAAAUUGAUAACAAAUUAGAAUAAUACAAUAAAGAUAUUGAGCAACGAAAUGAUAUGAUUGUUACUAUAGAAAAAGGUUUUGAAUCUGUUAGACAAGAAUUGAUUAAAGAGAAAUUAUUAAAUGAAGAAAAAACUAAACAAUUAUAAGAUUUAGGAUAAUAAUAUCAAGCUGCUCAAUCAAAACUCAAAUCUGUUCAUGAAUCAAAUAAAAAUAUAGGACAAUCAAAUACUGAUAAGGAUAGAGAUAAAAUCUAGUAAUUAGAAACCGUUUAAAAAGCUAUUCAGACAAAAGAAUAUUAAUUAAAUUAAACUAUAGACUCACUCAAUAAUCAAUUGAAUGAUAUUGCUCAUAAAAUUAAAACUAAAGAAGACAUGCCAGAUGAUUCUAAAAAAUUAAAAGACUCAAUUAGAAAAAGUGAAGUAUUUAUAAGUAAUCUUAUUAUUCUAAGGAGAAAAAAUAUAAAUCAUAGGCUAUAAUGGAUGAACUUAAAAAGAGUUUAGAAUCCAUAUCAGCAGAGAAGUUAUUAAUUAAAAAUUAAAUGGACCUAUAUAAAAAAGAAUACCUUGCCAAAGAAGAAUGCUUAUCCACUGAAUUUAACAAUACUUAAAAUAAAGUUAAAGAAUUGUAGAAAGAAAAGAACCAAUUAUAAGAACAAAUUAAGAAGUAGCCUAUAAAUUCUUAGGAUUAGAAUAAUAAAUUAUAAGAAACCAUCAAUUAAUUAAAAUAACAAUUAGCUGAACAAAACAAAUCUAAAGAUGUAUAAAUUACAUAUUCUAUAUAAGAAAGAAAUAAAUUAAUGGAAAGGAAAUCUUGAUAUUUAGGUCAAAAAUUUCGAUCAAUUGACUCAAUAAAUUGAAGAAUAUAAAUUAAAAAUUGAAACAACAUCUAAAAACUUAGCAGAAAAAACUAAUUCAGUUGAAUAAAUUAGCAAAUCUAUUGGAGAGUCUGAAAAAGUACUUAGAGAUUAAUAAACAGAAAUUAAAUAAUUGAAUCAAAAAAUAGAAGAUUGCAAUAAAAAACUAGGAGAUUCAAAACCUAAAAAUAUGUCUUAAGUUAUAGAAACUAUUGCCAUAUUGGAAAAAACACAUGUAUUUCAUGAUUUCUUAAAUUUUAGAAAGAAAUCUAAAAAGGCCUUGCUUGUACUUUCUGCAAUAAAUUCAUUAAAUAGCCAGUAACAAUUAUCCCUUGUGGUCAUUCCUAUUGUUUUGAAUGCAAAAAAGGAUAUUAAAAAGAAUGUUUCAAAUGUGGACCUAAAUUGAAAAUUGAAGCCAUGUAUAGAAAUGAAUUGUUAGAUGAUAUAAUAGAUAUGGUUAAAUUAGUCGAGUAAAGCAUUUUGAAUAUGAAAUAAAUUACUUAAAAUUAAUGA